GCCGGACAUGACCGAGUCGUGUCGAAGCGGCGGCAGGAAACGAGACUCCCGUUCUCUCCGGAGGACUUCCUGGUCCAUCCCAGCAGACCGGACUGCCCCCCGUCAAAACACGCCGCCCCUGCCGCGCUGCCUCCCGCCCGUGACGCGGAGGGUGAGCGGGGAGAAACGGGACACACACGCGGACCUCACCGGACGACGCGCGCGGCUGUGACGUGUGACGCGCAGAUCCGCGGCACCACACGGCUUCAAUUGGGGAAUCCGUUUUCUUUCGUGAGCGCAAAACUGACCGCAACACUUCCGCUGCCAUCAACAAACCCCCCCCUCCGCCGCCGCCCCCGCGCUCCCCCGCUCAUGACCACGGGCGAGCUCCCGUUCGCAUCUCACGUUGUUCAGACCCUCGGCAGGAACACCGUCGGCUCCAAUGGCGUCAGUCUCCAAGGUGUCCAUCCUGGACUACUUUAACAUUGUGUUCGAAGGCGAGAACGGCAAGAUCGAGUCCAACUGCAAGGCUUGUGGCACCCGGAUCCAGGCCAAGAGGAGCGUCACGUCCAACUUCGUAACGCAUCUGAAGCGGAAGCACCAGGCCAUGUAUGAUGAGUUUGUGAAGAGGAAGGACAUGAAGAGAGAGGCUUACUCCUCUGGCACCCUGCACAGCUUCACCGGCAACGGAGGCAACACUCGCUACACCUCCCACCCCAUCAGCGCCGGAGGAGGAAGAGGAGGAGGAGUGGGGGGGAUAGGGACCGUAGAGGGAGGAGGAGGAGGUGGUGGUGGUGGUGGUGGUGGAGGACUGACCAAGUUUGACAGACACGACCCACGGCAGUCUCGUAUCAUCAGGGUCACCUGUGCAGACACGCCACUCUGA